AUGAAGCAACUCACCGCUUUCCAUUUUUUUUUCUGGUAGCGGGAAAGCGCUGACACUUUGUUGCUGACGGUGUUCACAGAAACAGAAGAGGGGCUUCUUUGAUCCUUACUACCUGCCAACCUCUGCUCAUGAGGCAGUGGGUACCAUACCAUGCUACGUAUUUUGAUGAUGUUUGCACGGUCAAAGAUCCCUCUAGCAUCCAUCCAGCAAAUCUGGUCCAAUCAAUCGGACUAGCAACCAACGUUGAUCCGGUAAGAAAGGAGGGUGCUGUUGGUUCCUUGCUCCUUUCAAUUCCCAAGUAUGGAAUCUAUCUAUCAGCUAUCUAUCACUGGCUCCUGCAACAGGCAACCACAACAGCACAAGGAAUAGACAACAGGUGCCUCGGUGCUCAUUGUUUUUGAGGGGUCCGGUAACAGUGACAAAGCAGUCACUUUGCAAGAAAGGUGUGAUUUUUAAGAGACGGCGACUUUGUGACUUAGAAAGUUGCAGUCUUUUUACCAACUCAACAAUCUCACAUCCAUAGCUCCCCAUUGCAUCCAUGCAGCAGACUGAGGACUGUCACUCGCUGCUUCUGGGUGGUGUACAGCUGGGUACUUCUUCAGCCCAUCAUCUAUGUAUGUAUCGUUAACUGUUGUUGGGCUGCACUGAACCAUUGUACAGUACAUGUAUCGUAUGUGCAUUGUCAGACUAUUGUUGUUGAUCUGGCCAUGCAAGGACAAUGGUGUACCAAGGCAGCCAUGACGAUCAUUCCACAUCUCCCGCUGCAAAUGCCAGUUUUGGCCGUCCAGCUCUGCACUUGUUGAACCUGGUGGGGACGACCAAUGGCGUGGUUGAGGGCACUACACGGCGUCGCCUCUUUGAGCGUUUGAUCUAUAGCAUUGCCAGUCCCUUUUUGGCGUACAAGCAUUUGCAAGAACGCAAUGGGAGUGUCUUGAAUAAUCUUCCCGCUCUAUUACUGGAAGCCUGUCCCGACAUGGAAUGGUCCUUUGAAUGGCGUGACACGCGCUUUUCCGAAUCGGUGGCACUGCAGCAACUCAUACAGGCCACUUCGUCUUCUACUACUAGCAGCAGUAGUGGUAGUAAGAGAAGAAUGGCCGUCGUGGGAGACUUUCCCUCCAGGGUGACCAUUCCGCUCAGCAUUGUCUCGAGUGCCCUUGAUAUGGUUCAGAUCAGUGGCAGUGCUUCCAGUGCGCAGCUCGAUUACACAUCGCCCUUUUUCGCCAGAACCAUACCGAACGACUCGGGGCAAGCCCAGGCGGCGAUUGCCUACUUUCAACAAAGCAAAGUCACUCAUUUGGUACACAUCUUUGUCAAGGAUCCCUAUGGCAUUCACAUGAAUGUCGCCGUCCAAAACUUGUGUCGACAAGCGGGCAUCAGACUACGGAGUAUACCCUAUCAUGAUGAGCACGGGGACGAAGAUGCCGUCUUGAAUGACCUGGAACAGUCGGGAUACCGAUACGUCUAUGCCACUCUAUUUCAUGAAGAAGACUUGAUGGUGGCUGCUUGGGAUCGACAACUUAUUGGUGGAGACAGCGGACGUGUCUGGUUUCUCUCGGAGAAACUGUGGUUGACCAAUCCAACGUAUUCCCUGUCGGCGAGCUCCAAACGCAACUACAAACUAGCUCGCGCUAUUCAUGGGAUUGGACUCGUCAAUUUACAUUUUCCAUCUCAUGAACGAUUAGAUCAAGCAUUGAAAGACUUUGCCAACAAUACUGCCCUCCAGCAAGAAUUCCUUGCCACAAUCAACAGCCACGAUGAUCCAGAACUGGCAGAAGCAUUGGUCAACUACACCUUUCCACCGUUUCAUCAUCACUGGAAUCAAUAUCUCUACUGGGAUGCCGUCAUGGCCUUGGGGAUUGCUUCCUGUCGGUCCAACACGACGACCGGAGCCGUACUGCACCAACAACUUCUCGACACGCAAUUCAUGGGUGCUUCGGGCCCCGUCUCAUUUGAUGCCUUUGGGAACCGACGCAUUGACACGGUCCAGUAUCGUAUUGACAAUAUUCUGCUGCGACAUCCACUACCCGACAACAGCACGACCGACGCCGUGUACAAGUUUCAGAGUCACUUGACCAAUGUCGUUUACGGUCCCACCAAUAUCAGCAAUAUUACUCCCUUUGUGUUUGCUGCUGCAGUUGCCACCGACCACAACUCUUCUUCUUCUUUGCUCACCACCACCAUGAUUCCACCGUUGCCAUUGCCCCCACUUGAUGCCGAAUGGAACGUCCUUCCAGCCGCCGCCAAGGGGGCGGGGUACGGGUUGGGCAUUGUGGUACUGCUAAUGUCCCUGGGAUUCAUGGGUUGGACACUCACCAAACGCACCAUUGCCGUGAUUUCUCUUUCCCAACCCAUCUUUCUCGUUCAAUUAUGCGUGGGGACCACCCUCAUGGCCCUGGCCGUCUUUCCCAUGAGUUUACAAAGUGGACUCGACGGUGGACCAGCUCAAGAAAAGGACUAUCAACAGUGGCUGAAUGCCGCGUGCAUGUCCACGUUGUGGUUGCUCUUUUUGGGAUUUGUCAUUGCCACUUCGGCACUCAUGUCCAAGAGUUGGCGUUUGAAUCGCAUCCUCAACUCUGGAAUGGCCAUGCGACGCAUUCAAGUCCAAGCACAAGACGCAAUUUGGCCCUUUUGUGUUUUCAUGACAAUCAACGUGACAUUGUUGCUGGGUAUGACGGUGGUCUCGCCACUGCGUUUUGAACGUGUGCCAAUUGGCAGCCACAAGGAUGCCUUUGAUCGGCAUGUGGAAAGCUACGGUACCUGUGUCGCGCAAGAUCGGAGCAAGCUGUACGGGUUCUUGAUCCCCAUGUUGCUGGUGGACCUUUGUGGAUUGAUUGCCGCCACCUAUCAAAGCUUUCGAGCUCGCAAUUUGCCAACCAUGUACUCCGAAUCGUCCUAUUUGGCAGUGAGCAUGAUCAGUCUGGUCGAGACUUUGGCCAUUGGAGGUCCCAUUUUGUUUGCGCUGGAUGGGACUAAUCCAACAGCGUUCUAUGUGGCGUCCACUACGGUGUUGUGCAUCACUUGCUUCACGAUAUUACUUCCCGUGUUUCUGCCCAAAUUUUGGAUGAGAAACAUGGCAGCCCCACGAGGAAUGGGGGCUUCCUUUGUGGCAUCGUCGAGACGGUUUUCCUGUCCUGCAAUCAACACCCACAGCAAGGAUUCUUCCUGCAGACUGGAUGACUAUGAACUGCGUCCUGGCAUGCUGGCAAUCGUUCGGCGCGAUAAUCGAACAACCAUGGAAACAUCCUCCAUGGGAUUUUCCAAGCGUUCGUCCAGGCGGUUCCGGCCACCACCACAACCUUUGGGAGAAGUCAACGAAUUGCGGGAAUUUGAAGCAUGAGCAAACUCUAGCUGGGCCCGCAUACAAAGCUAAUUGAAGGUAUGCGGGGUAUGCAUUGGGGCUGUGUGACAUGCAGGAGUCAUACAUCACCCGGUAGCUUGAGGAAGGUGUUUUUUGGGUCGCGUGUAGUGCGGAAGUCAUACAUUAACCGGUAGCUUGCGGAAGGUGUCCUCCUAACCCGCUCGACCAGAAUCCUUGCUUCGGUCAUCCGAGUCUUGCCAUUUCAAUUUGAGCAGGACGGUUGGUUGUGAGUUCCGCCUUGACGGCAUCGGCAUCAUGCUUGAACAGAGAAAGGAUGAGAUGGAAAUGUCGGCACCGGAACCAUCGUCGGCCAUGUUCGGUGGUGUCGCAGGCGUCUCCAUUGUUGGCGGUGCAUUCAUUGUCGCCGCAGAAGCAGGGUUCUUUAGAAACGAAGAGAUCGCGAUUGAUCGGCAAAGUCGUGAGAUGGUGGACAACAUGCUGGCAACCAUGCCACGCGAAUGUGACGUACAAUUCAUUCCUGACUUCCAGCUCGUUUGUGGUCAAAGGAUUGUUGGUAAUCACGACACCACUACCACUAGUAGUCAGCGGUUGGACUUGCCCUUCUGCAGGGUGAUUUCAAAUACAAAACCUGCCGGUUCGUUCGCGCCUACGACGGCACGAACUCGAUGAGUCAGUUGCUUUAGUACGUUUAGUUGCUUUAGUACAUUUCUUCUAUUA